GUCGGUAUCUGCAGGCUUCUGUAUACCUAUAUAUAUAUAUAUAUAUAUUGCUUUACUCGCGUAAAUAAAGAAACCUGUUUAAUCAGAUAAUAAAUAAACAACGAUCAGUUGAAUACCAAGGCAUAUCCGAUGUAAAAUUUCACGCUCUUCAAGAUGGUGGUAUCCAUUUUUCUGCAGCUACCACUGUUUUCGAGAAAUUGAUGAAAAAUAUAUAGUUUUGCUGUUUUUACCCCCACCCCGGGUACUUAUAUGGGGACUGCAAUUUUACGUAAAUGUUUUGGGCAGGCUAAACUUACAUAUACUCAAAAUGCAGCUCUUCUAUUGAAAAAGUGUAUUUCGAGCAGAUUUUGACUGGAUUCUGCCAUUCCGUCCUUACACAGUGUACUUAUUUAAAACUUUUGUAUAUGUAUAGCAUGAAGUAAGAGAGAGAGAGAGAGAGAGAGAGAGAGAGGGAGAGAGCGAGAUGGAUGGAAAGGAAAGGAGAAGAGCGAGAGAGAGAGGGCGGAACAAGCAGACAUUCUCCCAACGGCAGCGUGCAUUGCAGUAUACAGCUUUGGUACAGCCGCGGCGGCGGGACAUCAGAAUUCGCGGGAAACGCGUCGUGUACUAGCAUUUACUGCUGCUACAGCUUCCAAGAGCACGUCAUCCACGAAGGCAGCCGCUGACAAGAGCAUUUUUGGUGAUAGCGUUCUCCUCGCUCGAAGAUCCCAAAUUUUGGACGGUAUUCUAGACGCUUGUAAGAGAAAACACGAAAGGAGGUUAUCCUACUGUGUACUCUUGAUUCUAACAAACGAUGUAUUAACUAUAGCUGGUUGUGACCUGUUCUCGUUGUGGGAGAUGAAUGUGAGAGGUUAACAGUAAACUCCUGACUGUAUUUUAUAGUUGGUCUACAGUUUAGGGGAUUAUGUGUGGAGACAGUGUACUGACUUCGAACAAUGGAUAUCCUCGAGGAAGAUGCUGCCAGAAAGAAUAAUGACUCUACAGCCGAAGAACUGAUUGGAAGUGUUGCCAAGAGUACUGACAAACCAUGCUCGCCGUCUCCUAGACCCCUGGGCACCAGUCGUUAUGGCAGGCUCAUUAAACCUAAGUCUCCUAGCAAUGUAAUGCUUGACUCUCCUAAGGCAUGUAUUGCUUAGAUGUUAUAUUGUUCAUGACAAUAGACUGAGGAUUAUAUUCUACGUCUGCGUUUGUGACCACAAAAGACUGGCCUUCGCUUUGUAGUUGUGUACAAUGUGUGGUCUGUAAUAUCAUUAGCAACAGGGGACUCUUAAUUAGCGCAGGACACAAGAAUCAUCUGGGAUAAAUUAUUAGAAUUUAAAAAUGCCAAAGAACUCAAAGCCAGAAGCCUCCAUUGAAGACGAAUGCACCAAAAUGGACGAUACUUCAAGUGUCAUGGAUGAUACCGUCAACAACAGCCUUGAUUGUAGCUCCGUGGGAGUUGAAGAAGACAGCAUCAACAUUGAAGAUCUUCAAUCGCAAUGUCCAUGGACUUUGGGACAAAUUGUUUGGUCCAGAAUUGGUACCUAUCCAUUCUGGCCAGGCAUUGUCACAAUUCAUCCAGAAACAAUGACAUACGUAUCAGAAAGAGUUGUAGGUGUUGCAAAGUCAAAAGUUCGGUCUGUGCAUGUCACAUUCUGCGCAGAUAAAGGAAAACAUAGUUGGGUAUCUUUUGGAAACGUUAUACCUUUUCAUGGAAUUGAUGACUUUGAAAAACGUAAAGAAGAAAUAACUCCUGAAAUAAAAAAGAAAGAUCCAAAGUACGCUGCAGCAUUUGUGAUCAAACCCUCAAUGAAAUUAAAAUGGGAUGAUGCAGUUGCCGAAGCAUCAGGCUUAAUGGCUAAGAGUCCGGAAGCAAGAAUUGAAAUUUUCAAACCAAAAAAUAGCAAAAACAACAGUUUAUUAAACAAAUCAGUUAAAACAGUUGAUCAAUCAGAAGAAAACACUAAGAAGAGAAAGAAAACUUUUACAGAUGAUGAGAUUUUGACUAAAAAAUCCAAACAAGAGAUUGAAGAAGUAGAAAUUUUAGAUGAAAGGUUAGAUAAUAAAUUAGGAAGUCAUUUAAAUUUGGAAACUCCACCAACUCCUCCAUCAAGCCAUAAAGACUCCAGUGAUGAAGGUGCCACAUCAAAGAAGUUCAAAAAUAAAAAGCGAUCAGGAAAGUAUGGAGUCUUCGAAGUAUUUUGCGAACGCAAUAAAGAAUCAGCAGAACAGUUAGACCCAGACGCGUCAGAAGCAGACAUUAAAGCAUAUUUGUUAGACUUGUGGGAAAACAUGAGCAGUCAAGAGCGCAGUAAGUAUAGGGCGGAUUACCUCCAAAGCGAUGAGGUAAAUUUAUACUCGAUAGAUGUGGAUGAAGACGAAGAAGAUGAGGAAGACGAAGAUGACGAUGAAGAUGAGGAUGAUGACGAUGACGACUAUGAUGACGAUGAAGAAGCUGAAUCCGAGCCUGAGCCUGAGAAAUUAGCAGUUGUCAACAGGAGGCAAAGAACAAAAGGUCAAUUAAAAAUUGAUGAAUUUUUCAGUCACGAGGAGCCUUUGGAAAGAGCUACAAGAAGACAAAGAUCAAAAGCAGGCCUUAAUACAACCAAGGAUGAGUUUUCAGAUCAAGAAGAAGAGGAGAGCACCUCUGUGGAAUCGGAUAAAUCCGUAAAGAAGCGAAGGACGAAAGAAAGACGGGAAUCCUCUGAUCAGGACGACGUUAUAUCCAUAGACUCGGGAGAUGUACCUGUGAAAAAGGGAAGGUCCAAAGUUGACAAUGAAAGUUCAAAAGAUUAUCCACCCUCUUUAAUGAUUGAUACGGGCAAGCGACAUCGACCCUACAAACUUUUCAAGGGCAUGAAGAACGAGCGAGUUUGUCAGAUCUGCGAAAAAACGGGUAAGCUCAUUCGUUGUCGAGGCCCUUGCCAUUCGUACUUCCAUCUAGCAUGUGUAAAGCCAGGCGAGUCAAGUCCUGAGCCCAGCGAAGCUGGGGACAUCGAAGAGAACAACGCCUACAAGGAAGAUCUCAAAGAAAUCAAGGCAAAAUCCAAGGAGAUCCAAGAGAAAGAGGAGGCUGCCUUUGACUACGAUAACUUCAAGUGUAUCGACUGUCUGUCUGGUGUGGCGCCGCCGUGCUUUGUCUGCCAUGAGCGUGAUGGCGAGCGCACCAAGUGCUCGAUACUUGCCUGCGGCAAGCAUUAUCACCCGGACUGUCUUAAGAGUUGGCCUCAGUGUCAGUGGCAGGGCGGUCGACUAACCUGCCCUCACCACAUCUGUCACACUUGUGCUUCCGACAAUCCGCAGAAUAGUCAUCCAAGGUCGGCCGGCGAGAAGUUUGCGAAAUGCGUGAAGUGCCCCUCGACCUAUCACGCCUCUAUCUCCUGUUUACCUGCUGGUUCGACUAUACUGACUGGGAGUCAAAUUGUCUGUCCAAAACAUUACAAAUCGUCGCAUCCACCUGUCAAUGCAACUUGGUGCUUCCUAUGCACAGAAGGCGGCAGUUUAAUUUGCUGCGACACUUGCCCAACAUCGUUCCAUUUAGAAUGUUUAGGCAUAGACGCACCAGAUGGUGGCUACAUUUGCGAAGAUUGCGAGACUGGAAGAUUGCCGCUUUAUGGCGAGGUUGUUUGGGUUAAACUUGGCACUUAUCGAUGGUGGCCUUCAGUUAUCUGUUACCCACAAGAAAUUCCCACGAAUAUUGCUACGCGACCGCACAAAGCUGGUGAAUUUUGUGUUAUGUUUUUGGGUACGAGGGACUACUAUUGGAUUCACAGGGGAAAAGCUUUUCUUUACCAAGAUGGGGAUGCCAAUACAAAGGUAAUAGGUUCAAAGAAAGUGGAGGAAUCGUAUAGAAAAGCUUUACAGGAAGCAAAGCUUUUCCACGAACGUCUUGUAUAUGAAAGGGCUGUAGCAAAAUGCCGAGGCAGCUCCAAAAGUCUCAAACCACCUCCUUACGUAAAGCUUAAGGUAAACAAGCCCGUUGGAAACGUGAAGGUUCCCGAAGUCGACAGUAUGGUCGCAUGCGACUGUAAUCCCAACCAACCAUAUCCGUGUUCACCUGACUCGGACUGCUUGAAUCGUAUAUUGAUGAUCGAAUGCAGCCCGGAUACUUGUCCAGCUAGUACGAAGUGUCAGAAUCAGCUUUUCGUACAGAGAAAGUAUCCAGCUAUGAAGCCUGCUCAUACAGAAGAACGAGGCUGGGGACUUGUAUCUCUUGAACCCAUAAAGCACGGACAAUUCAUCAUUGAAUACGUGGGAGAAGUCAUCGAUGAAGCGGAAUAUAAGCUUCGAUUGCAACAAAAAAAGGAGAGAAAAAACGAAAACUAUUACUUUUUAACUAUAGAUAAUUCUAGAAUGAUAGAUGCUGAACCAAAGGGAAAUUUAAGUCGGUUUAUGAAUCAUUCCUGUCAACCCAAUUGCGAAACACAAAAAUGGAAAGUCAAUGGUGAUACCCGAAUUGGACUGUUUGCCUUACGCGAUAUUGAACCUGGUGAAGAGUUAACUUUUAAUUACAAUUUAGCUUGUGAUGGGGAGACGCGAAAGCCGUGUCUUUGCAAAGCUCCCAAUUGCAGCGGUUUUAUAGGUCUGAAAGUUCCUAAGCAACAAAUGAGUUUAGUACAACAAAAGAAAAUUGAAAAGGCUGAAAAAGUUAAGAAACAGAGAAAAAAUAGUAAAAAGGUUUUAUUAAGCUGUUGGAAUUGUAGUCAAAAGAUCGAUAAUCCCGACGAUGCACAUCGAUGUGACCAAAAGACUUGUGGCAAAGUUUACCACGCACAUUGCAUUGCCAUCGAAGACGGCCCAGAUCAUAUUUUUCAUUGCCCUUGGCAUUUCUGUGCCGAAUGCUACAAGAGAACGUCAAUACGAUGUAGUUAUUGCUGUAAUGCAUUUUGUCAGCUUCACGUAUUCGGCAAUUUACGUGAGGAUCCCGAGACUGCUAACUUGAUAUGCUACAAUCAUCAGACAGAAAACGGAGACUACAUCGAUUUAAACCUGGGUGAACCGGGUGAAGCUCUCAUGGACGAUGAUGGCGAUGACGAUGUUGUGAUCAUCAAUGAUGACUACAAUAGCAUGGAAACGUUUUGUGAUGAAGCUCUCGAGGAGCCGUUAGAGCCUCCACCGCCACUAAUACCAUUAGCGGCACCGCCGUCACUCAUGCCAGUGGUUAUGGAAACGCCUGCAUCUUGUUCUGUGCAACCCGACGAGAUUUCGCCAAGGGGCGCCAUCGUCGAGGUCCACGCGAGCAGCGAAGAAGGCGAGGAGGAAGAUGAGUCGUCGUCGCAAAAGGAAGAUGACGAGGAUGAGACGGCCAGUAAUAAAAGACGCCGCAGGAGACGUCAGCGAAGGAAACAGAACGCGGCCGAGAGCGACUUCACCCUCGACCAGAUAGCGGCGAUCAUCGGCAUCGUCAAGUGAGCCCGGCGUCUCACCGACUCGCUGCUCCAGCCCAAGCGACAUCGGAAGAAACGCCGCCGCACUGAUUCCGAAGCGACUCUUGAUGCUUAGGGCACAUGUGUAUGGACUGUAUAAUCGGGCGUGUGUGAUCUUGCACGGCUUGCGGCUUGUCGAGUUUGCGAGAGAUGAAUUAUUUUAUUUAUUCGGAAUUCUGAAUCGACUGUGAAGAACUAUUUAAUUUUAUUUGUGCGUCAAGUUGUGAGUGUGUUUUAACGCCUCGCGGUUUUCGUGUGUAUAUUUUCGUUGACAAUAUUCGAGUAGGCUGGCUGUAAUUAUGAAACUCCGAAGCCGUACAGUCACCCCCGUGGAUCUCUAUCUUUGUAUAAUAUGUCUUUAUAAUGCUUCGGUGCGAAAAAAUUCCUGUUUUUGAAUCUCUAUUAUGUGUAAGUCCAAUCGAAGAUCAUGGUAGUCAUACGAAUAGUAUUGUAGAGGAAAUAAAUUUUUAACUUGUAUUUGUAUACCUUGACGUGGUCGAAGAAACGGAGAACUGAAUUUAAUCUAUUUAUAUAAAUGUAACUGAUUUUUAAUGUAUAGCGGAUGAUUAUUUUUUUUUACUCAGACGAGAAUGAUUUUAACUGUAAGAUCAAAUGCACAAAUAUCUGAUAUUGUAAUAUACGUUUUUCUCUUGGCAGAUGAACCGCGGUAGAGUUUUAUUUUAGCUUUUCUUUUAUUGACAAUUGUGAUGGUAUUGAUUUUUAGCGCACUAGCGUAUGCGACAAGUGUUCAUCUUCGUGCUUCUUUGUAAUUUGAGACUGACACUGAUUUACCAGACAUAGCGUUUUUUAUUUAAUCUCUUUUUUUACAUAAGUUCAGUGUACAAGCGAGCGUGACCGUUAGGUUUGAUCGAUGUGAGUGUCAAAAAGAUUAAUAUAAUUUUAACUAUGUAACAUUAUAUUAUUAUAUAAAAAUAUACAAUGCACAUUAUUACAACACACA